AUGGCGCCCGAGGCUCCUGCGGAUACCGCAGGCCCGUCCUCCCCACCACCUCAACUUCCAGAAGGCUGGCUCCCUCAAUGGGAAGGUGUCCGACGGAAAUGGUAUUACGUACAGCGGACGACCGGGAAGUCGCAAUGGGAGAUUCCCACCGAACCCAUCGUCUUGACCCCGUCAACAACACCGACGCCCGGGGCAGGGCCAUCGCAGGAGCCAGCAUUACAUCCGACAAGCAGCAGUACUCGAGAGCUGGAGUCCGUGGGCACAAUGGCAGGCGGAACGUACUCCGCGGCGGACAGUGCGAGAAUUUCCAAUUCCCUUGACUCCCAGAUAUAUGGGUCUUCCGGGGUACCGGGUUGGUAUUCGAAUCAAACGGGUCAACAUCUGCCCGGCGGAUAUGAGCAGCAGCUUGCCGCAAACGCAGCCGGAUAUGGCACGUUGCAACAGGGCGUUGUUGGACAGAUGAAUGGUGUUCAGCCCGCAUUCUAUGGAAGCCAGACACAUCCAGGGUAUCAACUCACGGGUCCACACCACAUGGGCCAAAGUAUAUCCUCAUCUGCGUGGGGUAAUAAUGCAGGUACAUAUCAGGGACACCCAAGCGGUUAUAACGUGAUGCAACAUGCACAAUCCUUCCAAGGAUUUUCUGCAGAUCCUGCUGGAUUGCAUAGCCAACGGCCACCAGCCUCGUGGACAGUAACCAACAAUCCGCAGGGACAAAUGGCAAGUUCAAUGCGUGGAGCUCCUUCUGAACCACAGUGGCAAUUGGAAUCACAACAAGGGCAUUUGAACGCCCCUGGUGAGGGAUCGACCCUGCAUAAGCCCUUUUUUGGGUCUUACUCAUCCACCCAGCAUAUGGAACAGUCUUCGGCAGAAUUCUCUCGUGCCUCAAAUCCUUCCCUUGCCCGGGAAGGGCAACCCCACCGAAAUUCUGUAGAUAGCUUCCCCAACCAUUCGCCGCAAUCUAUGCUUGAUCAAGGUAGAUUCGGACAAGGCCAACCAGAUCCACGUUCCCAUACGCAACACCCUCACACGGACCCUGCAUUGCAGGGAUUUUCACCGCUGCAACAUGUGCAGAGUCAAUACCAACAGCAGCACAUGAUACGAACACAGCCAGGAGCACACCACGGCAAUAUUUCCCAAGGCUAUCAGCAAUAUCAAAACCAAUUGGCGCAAGUCGGUGCCAAACAAUACUUUUCGAAGCAUCAACCUGGUCCUCAAAAUGGCCAGACAGGCUUCCCUGAAACAACAAACGUUCACCAAGUUCGUUACGACCAGUCGAGUCACUAUCCGGAGCAUCUCGAGCAUUCACAGGGGAAGACAGGAAGAGGUUCGGAGUCACAAUUUGUCAGUGGGCCGUGGACGUCCACACCGCCGUCUGCUGGACAAUUGUAG